AUGGCACCGCGACUGGCCUUCAUGGACCUUUCGGUCGAUAUCAAGACGUUGAUUGUCCAGCAUAUCAACCGCCCAACCGACCUCAAGAACGUCUGCCUCACCUGCAAGCAACUCCACGAGAUCGCCGUUCGUCAACUCUACUACGAAGUGACCCUCGAUGUUGGUUCAUCCCACGAUACCCGCCUCGCAGCCUUCCUCAACCCUAAGAACAUUGGCCUACAACAUGUCCGGAAACUGGACCUCUACCUCGCGGACGUCCUAGAUAAAUGCAAUCAGCAGCAACAAGCCAACUUUGCUAUCCGCAUGAUCUUGGAACUGCUUCCGGAGAACCAGCUAGAGAAGUUUUCGUGGCAUCCGUGGUCUCCGUUUUCGGGUGACAACCUGGUGUUACUGUACAGGAAACAGAAACGCAUGCGAUGGCUAGAGAGCAUCUCGCUCGACCGCAAUGUUCUUCCCGAACUCCAGAAGCUGCCGAACAUUGAGGGGUGCUUCAAGGAAGUACGCAAGCUUGGAUUGUACCCGGAUUCACGGGAGGUGCUAGACUUUUGUCACUUCUUGCUGAAGAAUGUGGCUGGUCGCAAACUGGAGAAGAUUACGCUGCAUGCGAGCUUCGAUGAGAUGGAUCCGACUGUCACGACGCGCGAAUUAAAUGAUACUGUCAAUGAGCCUGGACUCAUAACCUCGACCAUGUUCAGCCACAUGCAGCCGUUCGCGAAGUGCACUCCAAUUGCACUUAACGAGAUCACGCUACAGAAGCUACAUUUGCGCUACGCAGCAGAGACGUACUGCAAGUUGAUUGACUUCCAGUCCAUCAAGAGCAUCCGCAUCUUUGGCUGCUCCGGUGCUGACGCUCUCUUCGCCGAACUCAGCAAGAGCACAAAGCUCCCUGAUAAGCUAGAAACCCUCGAGUUCAAACAUGACGAUAACGCCGAGAAUGACGGUCUAGGGGCUAUCGACGGAUUCCUUUGCCUCGUCUCAGGCAUCAAGACCCUCACCCUCGACCUCACGUACGUCAAAGCGCUACCGGCCGCCGCAGGUAUCGUGCGCCACAGCAAGACACUAAAGAGCCUCAACGUCCACGCGAGCACCGGCCCAGACAUGUGCGACGAAGAACUCAUCUACGACUACGCCUCGUUUUCUUCCAUUUGCAAAGAAUGCACUCUCCUCGAACAAAUUUCCGUCGCCUUCCCCAGCGUCAGCGUCAUCCGCAGUAAAAACGAUAGCUUUGUCAACUUUGAGAACUGUUUGGGUGAUCUACCACAAUUAGCAACUUUGAACAUCACUACCUGGCCUACCAACAGUCCUUCAUCAACUAAGCUGCCACGCAAGAUUUACGAACAUUUGCUUGCUGGUUUGGCACAGCAGGGGUUUGAGAGAAGCGCAAGUAAUGCGAAGGAGAAGAGCAGGAGUAGUAAGUUGGGCAUUAUUGCGUUUGGGUCAAGUGAUAAGGUUUAUGAUCGGGAGGAUAGUGAAAACCAGAUCAACGGCCAGGACCCGCAUAAUUACACGCCCUUGUAUCCCAACGGGCAGGUUCUGGACGGUCAGGCACCACCGCGCAUCGGUUACCCGCAAGAAGCCGCCUACCCGAAGCUCGAGAAUAUCAACGAGGUGCUCCAGGCGCAGCAGGCUCUCCAAGCGAAUCAUGUCCUGAAUCCUCCGCUGCCCCAACAAUCAAAGCCGAACCGCCUGCGCAAAGCCUGCGAUUCAUGCAGCAUACGCAAGGUCAAGUGCGAUGAAUCGGGGCCGCCGUGUAGAGCUUGCCUAGCUCUAGAAAUCCCGUGUACUUUUGAGCGCCCGAGCCGACGACGCGGUCCGCCUAACAGACAUGCCGAAGCGAUCAAGAAGCGAAGGAUUGGCGAUGUAGACUCUGGCUCGUCGAAUCCGCAGUCUCCCACCAAUGCCGCCCAUGCGCUGGCCCAGCUGCAGUCGUCGCAUCCGACCCAGCUCUCUGCCGAAGAGAUAUGCGCCCUCCCUACACUCAACGCCCUCAUCGACGAUUUCUUCACAUACAUACACCCACUAUGUCCCUUUCCUCACGAGCCGUCGUUUCGCGAAGCGUGGGGCCAGAGGGAGGACUUGUCGAAUUCCUCGUUCCUGGCGCUGCUGGCGUCCAUGAUCGCGGUCCUGGUCGCUUCCUUCCCUCGAAAACCACGCCUGCACCUCAAUACACAGACGCGACGCGAAUACCCAAACCAUCUCUCCUUGGUCGACAAGUGUAGAGAUGUGUGUGCGCGGGCGCGCGGGCCGGGCUAUCUUGAUCGGCCGUCUUUGAAUGUAUACGACGCGUGUACCAGCUACUUCCUAGGCUUGACUGGAGCCUACGUAUUCCAGUGGCGGCAACUACGACUUUAUUUGGCUGAGUGCCUAACUAUCAUACGGUCAUUGGGUCUCCAUAAACACGAGGCUCAGGGUUAUACCUAUCUUGGUGGCAUGCCGCAUGCGUGGGGCUCGAAUGGACCCAACUACGAUGGCUCGAGAGAGUUCAAAGUAGACUAUAUCACCGAGGAGAUUGGCCGACGUGUGUUCUGGACGGUGUUCGUGGGCGUGCGAACCAUACAACAACUAGGCGCUUCGUUCGGGGAGUUGAUGAUUCCGCCCGCGACACCUACCGAGCCCCUCCCACCACUGCCCCGCGAAGUCGACGACGUACACAUCUUCCCAAACGAGAUUCAACCACAGCGCGAAGGAGUCGUCUCCAUGAUCACUGGUUUCAACGUCAACGUGCGCAUAUACCUCUCCUACUCAUCGCUAGCAACGGCGGAGAUGGCAUUCGGCAUAGACGAGAUAUUCGACUGGGACCGACAACAACAAAUCUUCGCACAGAGCUUGCAGCGCUGCCGGCAGAUUCUAGAGAGCCUCCCCGAAGUCCUCAAAGUGCAACCAAAAUCCAGCAAAGACAGCGGUCUCGAACAACAAAAACCCUACUACCCACCCAUGCCAGAGUACUCCGGAAUGCGAGAUCCCACCUUGGACAGUUAUCGAAAGACAGAUAGCCACGACAUGCGACGCUACGAAAUUCAGAAAGCAAAUAUAUACGCCAGCCACCUGUCUACUCGCUCACACCUCGUGGAAAAGUACUUUCUCCAACUAGACAAGUACGAAAGAUCGGUAGGCCAGGCUCCUGCACAACCCAGCACCAACGCUCUCGCGGCAGGAAUCGACAGGUUUGUAUCCGGAACUACCACCGACGCGGAAGUCCUCGAAAAAGCAAUGUCAGAAGAACGCGAACAAGUGGUCAAAGACCUCCUGGUAGUACUGGGCAGCAUUGACAUGGUCAACAUGGAGCCAAACGGCGACUCCUUUGUAAGUCUAUACGUUUACUUGCAGAAUUCAGAUUUCCUGUAUCAACCUUCAGACGACAAUGAGUUCAUUCUCUCCAUGUCAACCCACGACUUCUUUCGCAGAAACACAAUCAGUCCGAUCGCAAGCUUACGGUUCUUCCCUGCGCAGACUCAGAAGAUACGCAGUAUUGCCAGUACCCUCUUGGAAGUCCCCAAAGAGCGGCGUGGCAGCGUUGCACUGCAGCACCAAGACUACCUUUACAAGUUCCUCGAUAUAUUGAGUAAAUUGGAGAGGGUGAGUCCGGAGGGGAGUGAGCCGAAUGGUGGAGGCGCGUUGGACGAAGAGAGUGAGUUGAGACUAUGGGCGGACUUGAGGGACCAUCAGUUGAGGUUUCAGGAACAAGGGGGCGUUUAUGGGUUUUCGUAA